AACCUGCUGCUCGUUUGCGAACUCCUCUCUGUGUUUCGUUGCAGAGCAGCAGGUCUCGUCGCGAAAAAGGAGAACUCCGAUCGAAAGAGGUGAAAAUUGUCUCGAAAAAAGUGCAAUUUUCGCGUGUGUUUUCAUUCUUUUCGGGCAGAAAAGUGAACUAAUCAGUAUCGUUGUGAGCUUACAACCGGAAUACGGGUGGUUCAGGUCUCCCACUGGUCGGGCUAGAGGCCUCUGUUGAAUGCCUCGAAUACGCUCUGCUGCCUUGAAACUUUGGGGCUCCCUUGUUCAAAGUGAAUCGACGACGACGAAAAAGUAGAAGAAACGGAGCCAUCAGCAGCAAUAUUUGCAACACCGUCAGAAGCGGCCGUCAUGUUCAACAACUUCGGCAACGCAAUGAUGACCGAUCCGUUCCGGAAGGUGGAACAGUACUCACCCAAAUCGUCACCACGGGCCGGCGGGGCUGGAGGACGGUCCCCGGUUGUGGCCCGGCAGGACUCGUCCGGAACUCUCAAAACCACCAUCCAGCUCGGGAAGAACCCGUCGAUCGUGCACAGUGGACCGUUUUACCUGAUGAAGGAACCACCAGGCGAAGGCGAACUGACCGGGGCGACCAACUUGAUGGCUCACUAUGGCCUCGAGCAUUCGUAUAGUAAAUUUAGUGGUAAGAAGGUAAAGGAGCAGCUCUCAUCAUUUCUGCCGAAUUUGCCCGGUGUCAUCGAUGGACCAGGACAUCUCGAUAACAGCUCCCUCAGAAGCAUAAUCGAGAAACCACCAAUCGUUGGCAAGGAACUACUUCCCCUCACAAGCGUACAACUGGCGGGAUUCCGCCUGCAUCCCGGACCGCUCCCGGAACAGUAUAAGCACCUGAAAACGGCACCCACUAGAAAGCAUAAGAAUAAGCAUAAGAAACACAAAUACAAGGAAGGUAUCGCGCCCCAGUCCGAGCAGUCGGCGCUCGAAGCGGCCGGCUUGGAUACCCACGAAAAGAAGCACAAGAAGCAGAAGCGCCACGAAGACGACAAGGAACGGAAAAAGCGGAAAAAAGAAAAGAAACGCAAAAAACAGCGGCAUAGUCCGGAACAUCCGGGGAGUGGAACCACCGCAAUGCCACCUCAAACGCAAGUCUUCUAAAACCAAGAAAAUCAAAACAAUGGGAAUCGUAUAUACAUAUACAAACACAGAGCUGCAACAAAAAAAAAACAAGCGACAUCGUUAGUAGUUGUGGAAACGAGUUAUUUCACUUCGAAUGGGAGCCUAGGUAUAUGCUUUCGAAAACGAAAUAAACCCAUUGAGCGAUCUUAAAAUGAAUAAAAAAGUACAUAUAAUUAACAGUAUAAAUAAUAAUGAAAGAUGUAAGUAAAAACAAGAAAGUGUAUUUUUUAAGGAUGCACCUCGUUUUUCCUGUUUUGUUGAUAUAUACAUAAUAACUUUUUUGAACGCAAAAGUGUUUCCUUACCACAAUUAUCAAUAUAAACAAAGAAACAAAUUAUCAAUCGAAAAUCGAUUGGGAAAAAUGCCAAUUUUUGAGGGUAGGAGUGUGUCAAAAAUGAUCAUUACAAAUUACUGAUAUGAUUUAUGGUAGCAACAACAGAAAACUUGUUCCACGGUAGUGUUGCGAAUUUUUUACGAAAAAAAACCCUUAGCCAUGUAAGCUAAGAGUGAAAUUAAAGUUUAGAUCUUAUAUUUUCUCGACAUUGUGCGCGGGCCUGAAACAUUUCGUGAUGGUCUUUCUUUGUACAGAAAUGAAUCCGUUCUUUGAUUUACGAGUUUGAUCCUGUCAUCGGAGCUGACUCGGAGCACGUUUAGUGCAACGGGAGCAGUUUCGGAACAGGGCGACGUGCAAAAAAGCAUGAAUUAUUUUUAGUAACGUGUAUUUAUAAUUAUUAAUUUGAGUUAUUUUAUUUAAUUUUAUUUUCUUCUAGCAAUAUAUUUGAA